AUGGAACAUUCGCAUGAUAGGGCUGUUGGAGGAUCUGUCAAUAGUCCUCCCUGGUUCGAUGGGGGUUGUGAAAAGUACACACAAUGGAAACUUUACAUGAAAUCUUAUCUAUUUGCACAAGAUGAGCAUGUUUGGAAUAUUGUUGAAAAUGGCUGGAAGACUCCGAUGGUUUCUUGCAAAGAUGAAGGCUCUUCCACAAGUAUCCCAAAACCAAGGAAAGACUGGACAGAAGAAGAGGUACGCAAUCUUCAAGCGGAUUUCAAGGCCAAGAAUAGCAUCUUCACAGCUCUAUCUGAACGAGAAAAACUGAGGAUCAAUCAUUGUGAUACUACUAAGCAAGCUUGGGAUCUGCUUCAAACAACCUAUGAAGGUAAUAAAAAGGUACGGGCUCAAAAAUUGCAAAGUCUAAUUUAUGAGUUUGAAACUAUGGCUAUGGGGGAUGAUAAGACAGUAGAUGACUUUCAUAAUAGAAUUAUGAAAAUUGCUGGUCAGUGUCGUAGUUUGGGAACACCAUUUGAAGAUGACAAACUUGUCAAGAAAAUACUGAGGGCCUUACCUGAAAAAUUUUGUUCCAAGGUUACUAGUAUUGAGGACUCUUUUGACAUUGAUGUAUAUCCACUUGACGAGCUUAUCGGAAACCUCAAAACUUAUGAGAUGAGACUAAAGCCUGAGAAGAAAAAUAAAAGUGUGGCCUUCAAGGUAGUUAAAGGAGUAGAAGAGGAAGAGGAGACACUGGAUCUUGCCCUAUUGACAAAGGAAAUUAAAAGAUUUCUCAAAAACAAGAACUCAUCCAGAAAUCCUAAUACUCCUAGGAAAAGCUCUUAUAAUGGCAGUAGCAGCAGUGACUACAAUGGCAAAAGCGGGAAAGGAAGCUUCAAAGGAACUCACUCAGGAAAAACUAAGUGUUAUGAGUGCGGUGGCUAUGGUCAUAUCUCUACUGAUUGUGGAAAUAGGAAGAAUGAAAAUAGCAACAACAAAUCUUUUCUCUCGACCUGGAGUGAUGAUGAGUCUCAGGAAGCAGAAAAUGUAGCUUUUGUAUCAUCACUUCUACCUGAUUCAGAUAGUGACUAG